AUGGUGUUUGAUAUUCAAACUGGUCACGCUCGACAAGUAAACGAUGUUUCUGGAGGAUUCGAUGGGCCCGUUUCUGAUAAUGAAAUUUUGCUCAAAGGAAGUGAAUUGAUUAUAGUUGAAGAUCUUUAUGUGGAACUCUGGUUAAAGUUAAAGAUUGAAGAUGACGGAACUGGCCAAAUGAAAAAUGUGAAAGAAACGAUUGAGUUUGCCAACAAGUAUUUUCAUUAG